GGAACAGUCAAGAGAGACUCAUUGGUUGAUAAGAUCACGAGGGGGCGGAAUGAGAAACCACCCAAGAUAAGAAAACUAUCAAAACAACGUUCUGCUUAAUAUACCAUGAGACAAACGCUAGCGGAAUAAUAGAGGAUAAACAGCAAAGAAGCGCAGUGGACGGGUUCUUCUACAACCUGAAAAACCUUUGAAUAGCACAUCGCUAGAAAAUAUCUAGACAGGGGAGAGAUUUCACCUCUAAAAAAAAAUUCCGUAAAACUUGUAUUUAAAGAGACUGAAGUUUCAGGACCAUGACGGUUUUUUUAUUUACUCCAGUACCUUUUUUCUGUUUCCUCAUUUUUCUUCCCGUCUCAUCAACUUCAGAGGUGAACAGCUCAAAUAACAUGACAAACCUUAAAAAGGGUCGGAUCUUUCCUCUGUUUAAUAAUUCCAUUCCAGAGGAGUAUAUGGAGCAGAUGCAGAGCUACAGCUUUACACUAGUGGUUCCUCUUCUCUGCUUCUUCGCCUUUUUCAUUGGACUUCCCACAAACCUGUUGGCCCUCUGGGUGCUGCUCUUGCGAACUAAGAAGCUCCCAUCCACCAUUUUGCUGAUCAACCUCACCAUCUGCGAUCUUCUGCUACUGCUGGUGCUCCCCUUCCGUAUCGUCUACCACUUCCUGGGCAACAACUGGACAUUUGGAGAACCAUUCUGUCGGGUUGUAAUUGGGCUCUUCUAUGGAAACAUGUACGGCUCAGUGGUUUGUCUGGCACUGAUCGCCAUGGAUCGCUAUGUAGCGCUUGUUCACCCUUUUGGUGCUAAGAUGUUUAGAAGUAACAAGAAUUCUAUCUAUAUGAGUGUUUUGGUUUGGAUAGUGGUUUUAGCUGCUGUUGUGCCCUUGUUAGCCUCACAACAGUCCUAUAAGAUAGCCAACCUCCCUAUAACAACUUGCCAUGAUGCACUACCUAUAGAACAGCAUACAACAUACUUCCUGCCAUACUUUACUACUCUCUUCUCCCUCUGUUUCCUGCUUCCACUGCUGGUUGUGCUGUUCUGUUAUUCUGCAGUGUUACAUACCCUUAUGGCUGAAGGGCAGCGUUUUGCUCAUGCAAUUAGAGUGACUGUGCUGAUAUUAAUUGUUUUUGUGGUUUGCUUAUUGCCUAGUAACAUUCUCUUGCUUUUGCAUUACUCCAAAUCAAACUUUGACCUUUAUGUUCCAUACCAGAUCACUUUGUCUUUCAGCACCUUCAACAGCUGCUUUGAUCCUAUCAUCUUUUAUUAUGUGUCUAAGGAUUUCAGAAAGAAGUUAUGGGAGACCCUCAGAUGCUCUUGGUCUGAUUCAGAAUCCUCCUCAGAAUCUAGGACAAAGAUGACCUUACUAUCAAAGAUGAGCAGGUCUGAAGCAACAGCUUGAUCAUGAGGGUAGCAUGGCAGGCACGCAGAUCAGAAGAUAUCAGG